GGGGGCCACAGCCCGGGCUGGGGGGAGCCGGGGUGCAGGAGGGCAGGCUGGAUCAGGCCGGGCAGGAGCGGGCCGGUGCUCUGGGUGCCAACGAGGGAUAGGUGGCAAGGAGACGGAACUGGUGUUGGAGCGGUCCAGAGAUGUCGCAGGGGGAGGGGUCUCAUGCUGCACUGGGCGGAGCCCUGGGACUCUGGGCGGAACGUGGGACGAAGGCUGGCGGGACCUCCGAGCGGGUGCGGGCGGAAGGAGGAGCUCGGCUGUUAGAGGCGGGGCCGGGACUGCUGGGGGGUGGGGCCUGUUACUUGGAGGAGGAGCGGGAGCUGGUGGCGGGCGGAGCCUUGUGUUUGGAGACAGAGGAAGGCGGAACCCAGGCUUUAGGGGCGGGGUUUCAGCCGAGGAGCGGUGGAGCUCCGGUUCAGGAAAAAGGUUCUAGUCUUGCGAGGGGCGGGGCUACGGGCAAGGGGGCGGAGUUUAGUUCCCCAGGGGGCGGGACCAAGGAACCGAGCGAAGGGCUAAGUCUGACUAAUGUCCCUGGACGUCCGCGCGGGGGCGGCCUCCGUGGUGGCGGUGCCUGGGGACGCGGUAGGCCGAGGACUCCCCCCGGAGAGGUGGUGUGGGUGGAGCGGGUUCGGCGUCCAGCCGAUACAGGACCAGUCUGGGUACCCCGACGGCCUCCGAGGGCCCAGAGCUGGGGCGGCGCCCCGGGCGGAGACACGGGUCCGGCCUGGGGGGUACCUCCGGAGGAACGGGGCUCCCCAGAACCUCCCAGUGGGGACGUAUGGGUACCUCGGGGUCGACCUCCUGCAGCGGCCGCAGAAGUGUGGGUAUGCUGGUCCGGGAGCAGCUGGGUGUGGCGUGAAUGGGGACGUCCAGUUGGGGCAACCGUUGUGCAGCCAGAUAGGGUCUGGACUUUGCGUAAGGGGACAGGUGGGAACUGAAGAGCAGAUGUGGAGACCAAAAGGGAGGGAAGGUCGGGGGGUGAGCAGAGGGGAGGGGCCCUGGCUGCUGUGGCCUCCCCUGACCCCCUCCCCUCGCUGCUGGGGUCCUCAGCCAAGCCCCCUUCUCACUCAACGGAGACAUGAGGCUGAGCUGGGUCCUGACAGUAUUGUCCAUCUGCCUGAGUGCCCUGGCCACUGCCACGGGGUCCGAAGGCAAACGGAAGCUGCAGAUCGGAGUCAAGAAGCGGGUGGACCACUGUCCUAUCAAAUCGCGCAA